AUGUUCAUUUCUAGAGGAAGCCGGAGCUGCAAUAGCCCCAAGGCAGGAAAGGAGGAGUCAGCAGCACUGGGAGGAAAGGGAGCGCGCCAGGGUUUGCAAGGACUUGGCCUGCUUAAGGAUUCUGCCCCAGCCGAAUGGAAGGCUGGGGAGCACCGUGUGCGCGGGAGACCAAACUCAGACCCCAGCAGUAAUGGCUAUAAAGAGGUGCCCAUCUGCUCCCAACCACCUCCGCCAAAGACGAGCAAGGAGGCAAAGAGAAAUAGCACACGACCGGUGCUGUAUGUAGCAGGUGAACUUGAAAUCAAAUUGGGCCCAAGGAGGCAAGCCCUUGCCCAGAAAGGAUCUCAGGCUACUGGGUGUGAGGCUCUGGGAAGGCCCGAGGAAGGAGGGAGAGAGGCUGCGGCAAUUCGUGAACCUGAGCAAGCAGAUGGAGGCGAUUCGACAGGGACCGAAGCCCGGAUGGGAAGCUGCCGGGUGUGUCCCGCUGCCGCCUGCAGCCCGCCCUGCGCGCCCACGCCCCGUCCCCGGAGGGCAGGUACCUCGGAGCCCAGGCCCCCGGGAGCCUCCCAGCCGCGAUCCGAGAGUCCCUCCGGUUUCUUCAUCCGACGUCAGCGUCAGCAGAAGCAAGGGAAGGGGGUGGGGGAGCGCAGGAACCGGCUCUUCCUGCAGCUGCUGCCGCUGCCUCCCAGAAUAACAGCCCGCCGAGCCCGUGUGCGCCGCAGCACAGCGCAGCGCAGCGGUCGCGGGGAGCUGGCGCCCUGA